AAAUCAUUAAAUAAUUAUCAAAAUUAUUAAUUGGUAUUUUGAUUUAGUCUGAAAUGUGAAACAAGUGAUAGAAUGGUGCGAUAGUUAGGAUGAGCUCAUUGUAUGCGUCCGUAUACUGGGAUUUGGAUACCUGUGCCCUCACACCUCACACUGAUAUUACUGUAUUUCAAGAGGCCAUCCGUGCGAUCAUUAUUACUCCCAAUAAUCUCAUUGAAAAGCACUUUGUUUGCCGACAAUCGGGUCGUAACAUACGUUUAUCACGACUUCCCGGUCAUCAUCUCUCACGUCCUUUCAUUGGAUCUAAUAUUGAUUUCUUUAAAUCGUUCACAACUGAGACCUUAAGUGAUAACAAAACAGCGUUUAUAGCGAUUACUGGCGAUCGGCGUCUGAUUGAUAUCAUUAGACAAUUAAGUUAUCAAAUAUCGCCGCAAAUAACACUUAUUCACCCGAAUAUACCAGACAUUAGAUCCAACGGAUUCUCGCCUAAUGUCAGAUGUUAUGAAUUCAAUGAGUUUCUGAGAUUUUAUAACCAAUACCUCAUUUACUCGUUAUACGUCCGCAUGAGUUCACUAAACAUCACCGAAACUGAUCCAAUGAAUGCAAACACUGGCAUCACAUCUGACAACACAUCCCGUUCUCAAGAAAACAAUUCACUUGUUUCCACGCAAUCUGAAAAUAGGACACCACUUCAUGGCUUAUGGGAUCAAACAAAAAGACCUCAGGAGCAGAUGACUGACCACCAAAUAGAUGGCAAAGACAAUUGUAGUGCCAAACGACAGAAAGUGUCCAAAGGUAAAGAGUUGUCGCAAACACCACAAACUGCCAUCGAUUACGAGAACCCAAUUGCCGGGCCAUCAGGUGUUAGGGCAGACAAGUCUGAGCCAAUGCCAGAACCAGUUGUUCACAAUUGUGACCAAAAUAUCAUAACUGAAGAAUCGGAUGAAUCGGAGAGCGACGCGAAGUCUUCAUUGUUUUCCACACAAAAGGAAACGUCUGCGAAGACUACUCAACAAAACAAGAAAAGCAAAAACAAAAAAUCCAAGAAAAAGGAGAAAACAAAUAAUAAAGUGCCUAAAACCCCAAUCGUGAGCUCAAAUGUGGACCGAUAUAUGCGAGUGAAAGGCGUCUGUGGGCUGCGAAACCUCGGGAACACAUGUUAUAUGAAUAGCGGUCUUCAAUGUCUCGUUAAUAUCGCACUUUUCAAUGAGUUUAUGACUCAAGACUUUAAGAAUUUUCUGAUCGUUUUGAACCAAACAUCACAACAAAAAUCAUUGAUUGAAUUAAUGGCUGAACUCAUGGAAGAGAUGUUGUCUUCGAGGUCUCAAUCGGUUUCGCCGAUUAAUUUUCAUCAAAAAGUGAGCAAAAUUUUCGAAAGAUUUCGUGGUUUUGGACAAAACGAUUGCUCAGAAUUCUUGGUCACAAUUCUGGAUCAGUUUCACAAAGAAUUGCUUCAAAUGAAUGAAUGCAGCGAACAUUCGGACGCAAUUGAAUACAACAAUUUUGAUGAUUACUUGCGAUUUAAUAACACAUUUAUUUCACAUCAUUUUCACGGCUUUCUCCGACUGGCCGUUGAGUGCGAUUGCGGCCAAACUAUUUCCUCCAAUUGUCAACCAUUUCCUAUCAUUAGUUUACCACAGAUUGAGUGCAAGGAUUUGGUUUGGAUUGAAGUGUCAUUAAUCAGAAACAACAGCCAAAGAGUUGAGAAAAUGCGAUUGAAAUUUGCAAAGAGUGAGACUCUUAUCAGUCAAUUGCUUAAGAUAUUGAUAAAAACGUAUUACGAAAUCAGCGAAAACUCUUUUCUCUACAAUCAACUCAUCGUUUGUCACAAUAACGUUUUGAAGUUCACUGAGAUUUAUGGAGAUAUCUAUGUCUACGAAAUUGAUCCGUCGUUUACAAGACAUUACUUCAUAUCACUGUCCUAUCGAAACGUGCGGUUCGGCACACCUUUGCUGUUAAAUAUGAAUGACAGCAGAUAUUCAACAAUUGAGUCCACAUUUGUUCAACAAAUCGCUAAAUUUUUGCCAAACAUUAGAAGUAAAUUCCGCGAAGAAUUGAUUCAAACAAAGUUUCUCUAUUAUAGAGAAAGGCUUGUGAGCCGGGAUUGGUCUCCGGAUUUACCACAUUCUGUCUGCACUUUCCUGGCCUACGAUAUGGAUAAUGUGUUGAGACAAUUGUGUCAUGACUAUUACCAAGUGGUUUAUCUCAAUCCUAAUCAGUCAAGUGGUCCGCAUUCCUCAUAUAGUGACGCAAUAGUAACACUGGAUGACUGUAUCAAUCAAUACCUGUCUUACGAAAAGUGUGACGAGAAAUGUGCCGAUUGUCGUACACGGGAGUCGACAGGCCGUCAACUUAUCGGCAGGUUUUCAAGCCUGUCGUACGCUAUACUACACGCGCCUAAUGUAUUGCUACUGCAGUUGAAGUCAAACCCUAGCCAUCGAUAUAACUGUCAGUUUCCUCUCGUAUUGGAUCUGAAGAGUUAUGUGACAAAUUACCGCUCAGAUGAUGGACAGUAUGUCUACGAUUUGGUGGCCGUCUCUAACUAUAGCGGAUCCUCUUAUAGCGGACACUAUACCGCUUACGCCAAGAGUUGUCUCAACAAUAAU